GGUUGUUAUGCAAUAUAAAGGGGUUGGAUUUUUGUGUAAUAAUAUUUUGAUUAUGGGUAAAUUUCACAUACACAAAUGUCACAGAUUUGUUAAAGUUGCCCCAAGUUUUGUGGCAGUUAAAAAUGAAUUUCUUUCAAUCCUUAAAGCAACUGAAAAAGAGGAGUGCCUUAAGUCUCUCUGAAUUGCUUGCGAUAUACCUUGAUUAACCCCCCUUAUGCUCACUUUAAUUUCUAUUAUAGUUUCUUUUAAUAUAUUUAGCUAUUUAUUAUUAUUAUUAUUAUUAUUAUUAUUAUUUGUUGUUGUUGUUUUCUCUCCUUGUUAAAGUAUGAUGCUUGGAUUUAUUGUUGGUAUGCUCAACAAUGAUAAUGCUUGUUGGUUACUUGAAGUAAACUUGAUGUUUAAUAAAGAUUUUUUUUUUUAAACAACAGCCUGCAAAUAUAGGUAUUUAUUUUGACUGCAAGUUAUUUUUUAUUUCACUUUUAACUUCACACUGUAAAGCAUUUUGAUAAAUGUAUGAACGUUUCCACUUACUAUUAUUAUUGUUAAAGUGCUUACACGGGUUAUAAGUGGGAGUAGUCUAAUCCUCCUGCCUACAGGUGGCAGCAGAGACAUCCGUGUUUCCUCUCAGUGUAGGAAGGACCUAAAACACAGACCAGGAAAAACACAACACAGUGAUAAUACUAACACAAUAAGCGCUCAAGUAGACCUGGAGAUUCAGUUUAGAACAUUUCCCAAGCCCUGUAUUAAACUCUAAUGUACACAUUCAAACCCAACUGUGUAUAAACAUUACAUUCGGGACACGUUCAUGUAGUUAAGCGCGGAAGUUGAGCUGAAAGUUUGAGACACUCCAAAGAGCUCUGCGCAGAAAGCACAACACCUCGAACCGUGAGGCAGAUGUGCUCCAGCUGCAGAAGACCAUGUUGGGUCUCACUAGGAUUGGAAGAACAUCACCUGGUUUGUACAGUUUGGGAGGAACUUUAGGAGAAUAAUUUAGGAAAGAAUGGAUAUAGAGCCAGUAGGUGGCUCUCGGCUCUUACAGAAGUUUAAACCACAGCUGAUAGAUGCUCUGUGUGGAGAUCCUGACUUUCUGCUCCAGCACUGUCAUUCAUCCCGUUUACUGACCCAGAGAGAAUAUGACCACGUCAAAGCCUCUGCAGUACCGUGGGAAAAAGCCCGGGACAUCCUGGAUUACAUGAUGGGCAAAGACAGAAAACGUGUUCACGUAUUCCUGAGUCUUUUAAAGGAAAAAGAGAUACAAGAGACAUUUCCUAAACUGGGAUUUCUCAACGAGCUGCCUCUGAGCAAAUCAAACACUAUAGGGAAGAAGAGGAAGAAAAGCAAAGAAAAGCAUCCGGAAGAAGACGAUCCCAGAAAUCAGCCGUGCAAAGUAAAAAAAACAGGCAGCAGGACGGUGACGGAGAAGGAGCUCAUGAUGGUGGCUCGCCACAUUGGUGCUGACUGGAAGGAACUGGGCAGAGUGGCGCUGGAGAUCCCCAGCGUAAAGCUGGAACAGAUCGUAGAGGAGAACCCGAACAACCACAGAGAGCGGGUGUUCAGCAUGCUGCAUCUCUGGAGCAUGCGAGAGAGGGAUAAAGCCUCGGCCACUCGCCUGCACUCGCUCCUCACACAGGAGGAAAGCAGUGUGACGCCCAGGAGCAUCGACUUCCUACUGGAGGAGAGCUAGAGUUAGCGUUACUGCUUUCUGUUCCCAUUACACAUUAUUACUAAGGUGGAUGUGUGUUGAUGAUUUUAUGCACCUGUAUAUAUUGUAUCAUAGGAGGAAGGGUUUCAAAGUAGCUACAUGGACAGAUUUACUUCCUUGAUCUUAUAACAUCUUAAAAAAAAUUUGUUAUUUUGUUUUUCAAAAAUAAUUUUGUAACAUUAUUGUUGUAUAUCAUUUCCUAUCCUAUAAUACCCUAGUUUACAUGU